GAGAAAAAAAGAGUUUCCAUCUCUCUCUCUCUCUCUCUCUCUCUCUCUUGUCCUCUCUUCUCUCCCACGUUCGUCCACCACCUCUUCCGGACCGAACCGCAUACCAGUCGCUCGACGAUCGAACCGACUACCUACCGUCUCUUCCACCACCGAGCCAAUACCCGAGUGUGUUAGCACUACAGCUGUCAGUCUUCGUGCCGAGACAUUACUGUCACAAACGACUUUCGAACGUGCGUGCGUUGUUGUGUGUGUGUGUCUAGCUUGCUUAGCUUGUCACUCCAAUUGCCGCGACUCAGCAAAUUCCCCAACGCCCGAGCAAUUAACAUUGGCGGGACCGCAACUUUUUCCAAAAAACCAAGCCCCAACUCAAUUGGUCAAUUAACCCCCACCAUGGUCGGCGUCACCGUGCUCGGCGAGCUCCCGUCCGCCUCCCUCUUCACUUUCCCGCCCGACGGCGCGCAUAUGGCCAUCCCCCCACCUUUCCCCGGUUCCAUCUCCGCCGCGCCCCCCGUCGAAAUUCCCGACCACAUCUUCACCGCUGCCCUCGACCCCAGGGUGCCCAUCACCAUCGCCGCACUGUACGCAGUCACCGUCAAGCUCCUGAACAAGUACAACAACUCGACCAACCGUAAGCCUUGGGGAAUCAGCAAGACCAAGCCCUUCUUCGCUUUCGUUGUCUUGCACAAUGUCUUCCUCGCCGUCUACUCGGCCUGGACUUUCUGGGGCAUGCUCGGCGGCAUGCGCAGGAGCGUCGUGAGCCCCUUUGGCCCCAAUGGUCUGGCUGCCACUGCCGACAGCUUCUGCCAGCUCAACGGCAACGGAGGUUUCGGCGCCGCCACUGUCUACAACGAGACUGUCGGUUACUGGUCCAGCUUGACCGGCAACAACGCUCUUGGCUUUGAUGGACGCCCCAGCCGUGAGGCCACUGGCAGAAUCUGGAACGAGGGACUCGCCUUCUACGGCUGGAUCUUUUACCUGAGCAAGUUCUACGAGGUUCUCGACACCUUCAUCAUUCUCGCCAAGGGCAAGCUCAGCUCCACCCUCCAGACCUACCACCACGCCGGUGCCAUGAUGUGCAUGUGGGCUGGUAUGCGCUACAUGUCCGCCCCCAUCUGGAUGUUCGUCCUGGUUAACUCCUUCAUCCACGCCAUGAUGUACACCUACUACACCAUCACCGCUUUCAACAUCCGCGUCCCCAUGGCCAUCAAGCGAACCCUCACCACUCUCCAGAUCACCCAGUUCCUUGUCGGAGCUACAUACGCCAUGGCCCACUCUUUCGUGUCUUACACCGUCCCCGUGACUGUUCACACUGCCAAGAAGGGUGCCGAUGCCAUCACCCAGUCAUCCACCAGCACUGCUGCCGAGACCGUUGCCACUGCCGCAACUGGCGCCUUUGAGGCUCUGAAGGAUAUGGUCUUUGGCGCUUCUGCCAAGGUCGCUGAGGAGGCUGCCGCCGUCUCCGUCUCCGUCGCCGCCGCCGCCGCUGCUGCUCCCCCUCAGCCCGGCUUCGUUGCCGAGACCAUCUUCGUCACCCAGCCCUGCGUCACCACCAGCGGCGAGACCUUUGCCAUCUGGCUCAACGUCCUGUACCUGGCGCCGCUUACCUACCUGUUCGUCAUGUUCUUCAUCCGCAGCUACAUCCGCCGCAGCACCGCCGCGCCCAAGGGCAAGGGCAAGGCCCGCCGCGAGAGCAAUGUCACUUUGGCGGAGAAGGCUGGCUGGGACGCCGCUCGCGAGGUCAACCGCGAGAUCUACAAUGGUUCUGCCUCGUACAACGUCGAGGGCAGCCCCAAGCGCGCUGGCAACGGCAAGGCCAAGCACUAGGGAAAGCUGGCACGCAUGGAUCGGUCCUGAUCAAGGACGUAAUGGGAAAAAAAAGAACGGAACAGGGGAAACACGGCUGGAAGAGAAGCCUGAGAGAGAGGUUCUCGUGGAGGCGGCAUGGCGUUUGAUUCAACGGCGUUUUGAGCUGGGAAAACAUGAUUGGGGGUAAAGCAUUUGCAUCACCCGGAGCGCUCGUUAUCUAGUCGUGACCGUCUAGUGUCUUGCAUUUCGCGCGCAGGGUAGAUAGGGCGAGCCGGUUGUCAUCCAUCCGGUAUAAGUAUGUAUAGUCAUCAUCAAUAUCAAGUUUACUUAUUCC